AUGGAAUCUACAAUCACGAUCGAAGCUUCCGAGAACCCAAUUAAAUCUGUUACUGUCUUCAAGUCGUCCAAGGCUGAAGUUGUGCGACUUUUCUAUUUGCAUUUGAAAAAAGGGCGUAAUAAAAUCGGAAUCAAAGGUCUCUCAACUGAUAUUGAUGCCCAAUCGGUUCGAGUAUCUGGACUACGCGACGCACGUUUGUUUGACGUUACUUGUACUCAUGUCGACAGCAAGGCUGCGUUACCUCAUCCAGGAAGUCUUGUUGAGAAUAAGCGCGCUUUAUUCGCCACAAAGACUUUGCUUGAAAGCGAGAGGAACCUCAGAAAGGAAGAGUCAAAGCUUCUUCUCCAGUAUGGCCAAACUUUGAAUGGGGAACAUAUCACUCACGGUCAAAUGAGUGCAUUUCUACAAAGCUAUGUCGAUCAGGGUCGUAAGACUCUACAAGCUAUAAGCAAGCUCGAAGAAGAAAUUGAUGAUGUUAACCGGAGACUCGAUAUACUUGACGCGCAAAUUGCAUCCAAAAAGGGCUCUGCCUUGGGCCAAGUGGACAUCGUCGUUGUUGCGGAAGAAGAAGAUUCAGUAGAAAUGAAAUUAACAUACAUCGUCAGCAAUGUAUACUGGACCCCGACAUACGAACUUCAUGCGACCACCGUUAAUGGGAAACCUUCGUCCUUCGUCUCUCUCCACUAUCAAGCUAGAGUUUCGCAAAGCACUGGAGAAGACUGGAACAGCACUACGCUGACGCUGAGCACAAUUGCAUCUGAUACUGUAGUCAAACGCAUUCCAGAACUACACCCUAUCAAAGUCCGCCCCAAAUUUUCGCCACAAAGAACAUCUUAUAGCAAUAAUGGGCUAUCUCAGAUGCAGCAAUCAAUGAUUUACGGACAGCAGCAAAUGCAGCAACAGUUUCCAAUGCAACAAAUGGAUUUUUUCGACACUUUGACUGCAGUGCCCCAGGCAAUGCCUUCGUCGGCCGAAGGUGCAUUCGAGGAAAUUGGGGGGAUUGGCGCCAUCACUGAGCGAACCACCGUAGUAUCGGAAACCCCCAUUGCAAUAUCAUUUUCUGUAUACGGAGAGUCCACCAUUCCCAGCGACGGGGUUGAACAUCAAGUUUCUGUAGCUAUACCUCUAUUUGAGGCUACCAUUUCAUACCUCUGCAUUCCCCGUAUCAACCCACGAGUUUUCUUGCAGUGUGUUGUAAAAAAUACCAGUGAAUAUCGUUUACUCCCUGGACCUGUAAACGUCAUUUUCGAUGAUAGCUAUGUUUCGAAGACCUCAAUAAAUGAUGUCAACACCGGCGAUACUUUUGAAUGUACUCUUGGAGAUGAUCCAUCCACCAAGGUCACGUAUUUACGAACGGCGAAAACAACUAAAUCUAACGGGGGGGCUUUCUCUGAAGUCACGAAUACCACAGUCUACAAAACCAAGAUAAACAUCCAUAACAAACAUCAGUUUGAGAUUACAGACCUUGUGGUCCGAGACAUCAUCCCUACUUCUGACGAUAAGCGAGCGUCUAUUGUUCUUCGUAAACCCAUAGGUCUGGCCGACUCCAAAAACGGUGAUUAUGUUGACCUCAAGGACGACGGACUUUGA